UGAAGGGAGCGAAGCUGUCACCGCAGCAUAUUCCGAUCAUGCCGAAGAAGACGAACGAAUUCUGGGGCGGGUUGCUCACGGCACCCGCGCGUCGUCUUUGGUCUUCGUUGCCAUGCCAACGGCGCGGUCACGUGGAGCCAUUCGUCUCUUCCGCUAAGAGGCAGCUUGCUCGCCACUCUGCCAUGGUCAUGGCGUGACUAAUUUGUGGUCGCGAGGAGACGCAGCGCGUGAGACGCAAGAAUUUGAGUCUUUGGUCGUCAGCGUCGUCACAUCGAGGAAACAUGGCGGAACUCUACGCCUUUCUUGCUGACGAAGGGGUGAGCGACAGCGAAUCUUCGCGACAUUUUCGUGAACACCGCGAUGCCUUCGACAGCAGUGUGACAGAAGAGGAGUUCAUCGGCCAUUUUCGGUUAUCGAAGGCUGCUGCCCGGCAGGUGUGCGACGCCGUUGCUGAUGACUUACGCCGAUCCCAGCAGUGGCGCAGCACAACUCUGUCGGUGGAGCAGAGGGUCCUGAUGGCGCUCAGAUUUUAUGCAACAGGAGCAUUCCUGGACAACAUCGCCAGUGAUGAAUUCAUCGCCACUACAAAGCGCCCGGUCUCCGAGGCUAUCCAUGCUGUCAGCCUAGCCAUAAUAAAAAAUUUGGGACAGAGAUAUCUGAAGUUCCCGGCAUCGACAGAAGAGAAGGUGGCCAUCAAACGGGACUUCUAUGCCAUAGCAGGUGCAAUUGACGGUACUGCAAUAGCCAUCAUCGCCCCGAGUCGCAGUGACCCCCGCUUUGUUGAUGGGAAUUAUUAUUCCCACAAGGGAUACCAUGCCCUCAACGUGCUAGGGAUCUGUGAUGCCAAUCGCAGAUUUCUCCACAUUGACGCCACGUACCCAGGGAGCUGCCACGACUCCUCAGUGUGGAGCAUGUGCGAAGUCCGUCUGCGAGCACCGACGACAUUUGCUGAGGGCGAGUGGCUGUUAGGAGAUCUGGGGUACCCUCUUGAACCGUGGCUCUUGACUCCUGUUCGUUCUCCUGCAACACAGAAGGACCAGGCAUACAACAAAGCCCACUGCAAGACCCGGGUUCGAAUUGAACAGUGUUUUGGAGUUUUGAAGAUGCGCUUCCGCUGUCUGCAUCGCUACAGGACCUUGCACUUUGCACCUGACAGGGCAUGCAAUAUUAUCACUGCAUGUGCAGUUUUGCAUACUAUUUGCAUUGACUACAAUUUGCAAGAUCCUGAACACGAAGAUGAAGGCUCCGAUCCCGAUCCUCCUGCUGCUCCCGAGGAUGAAUGGGAUGAUGUAGAGAACAGUGCAUCACUGACUGCUCAGGCAGUGCACCGCAGGCAACAAGUUGUUAACAGAUAUUUUUAAAUGUGUAUGGCAUAAAAGUACAGGGACCACAUAAUUUCUAAUUCGUACAUUCUAAUUUAAAGGACUUUGUGACAUUUUAUUUAGGAUUGAUUUCCACCAAAACCAUGGUGCAACCAAGGUAUCUACCAAAUUGCAGCCUUCAAAUUGCCUGACAUUUUCACGUUUUCACUUCCCCUUUCAAGGAAAAUCCUGACCAAAACAAAAGGGAACUUAUCCCGCUUUUACUAUUCUUGCUGCAAUGACAUCUACAUACCAGUAUGUAUCUGCCAAAGAAAAUUUAGGAUCGUAUUGCAAUUUAUUGGCACGCUACAGGAGGGUAAGGAAUGGGAAAUGCAUGUGCGUCAAUGGGACAGACAAUCAAAUCAAGCCCGUUUUCUCUGUUUGAGAUUUUUCGACUUAUCCCCUUAUUGCAUACAAAGGUUCAAUUUCGCUUGGCUUCAACUGAUUUUUGCCAAUUUUCCUGAGUUUCCCAGUCACAUGAAAAUUCCCUGACAAGUCCUGCGUUUCCAGGUUGGUAGACACCGUCAAAACACCACAAAAGCGGAUGUCAGAAAAUAAGAGUAUGCUGAGUUCCUCAGUUUGACCAUGUCAUUCCAUUAAGUGUAUUUGUUGUCAUUGUGUCUUCUUUUCACAGGUGCUGUAACGUAUUGCACUCACUAUUCUGUUUACUAUUAAUUCUUUUUGGUCACUGUGAAUGUUAUUUCUCUUACUGAUUUUGUGUUUUUCACGUUAACAAGAAAUGUGCAAAGUUAUGUAACUGUGUUAUGUUUACAAUUUGUAUAUGUUUUCCAUAUACUCCAAAACUUCAUAUUUUGCAAAAUAUUUUCAUUGGCUCUUGUCGUUCCAAAUGAAAAAUAUAUUUCACAUGAAAACAGUGUCUCUUGCAACAUUUCCCACCAGUACAUCACGGGGAGACUUUGAGUAUUAAACUGCAAUGAAGAUGCAUAAGUAGUAAUACAAAGAAUGACCCACCUUAGAUAUUAUUGUUGGCGUUCCUUUCAUUUUCAAUCUUGUACCUGAAGUACUCUGUCACGGCUUGAGCCAUUGGAGUGAUGAUCUGCACACAAGCGAAAGCAAACAAUCUAACAGCCCUUCCCCAUGUAAUCUUUCUUUGUAUAUGUAUGUGUUUUGGAUGAUGAGUUUGUGAUGACCAUGAAGCUUCACAGGUAUGGAAUUUAAAAAAGUGCAUUUACUGUCGUUUGGGUUUAUGUGUAAACUUUCACUUUUGAUUAUUCAAUUGAAGUAAAUAUGUUCACUUAAUUGA